ACUGAUCCUCUAACUGGAUGAUGACACAACUGGAAAUUCCCUGAGCUGUGAAACGGUUCAGUAAAAUUUCCAACCACAAAACGCCAUCUUCAUCUGAUCCAAAGACACAAACCUAUUUGACCUGUGUAGUAGGGUGGAUGUGGGUUGUUGUUGUUCUCAUUAAACCUGGCUGUUCACCUAAAGUGAGAAGUUGGGCAAGAAGAACAACAAGAGGAGAGCAGAGAGGAGCGAGAUUAACAACUAAGGACCCUCCCUACACCCUGUGAGAUCAUCGCAAUUUUAAUUAGACCGGAUUCGCCAAUUACAAGACACGCAGGGCGUCUCGCUUUCUCUCCUCGGUUCUAUAAAAGGAGCACAGGUCACCGAUUUGGCAGACAGGAGCUGAGGAACGACUUACUGUAUAAUGUCUUCCAAAAAGUUUAUGGUUGCCACUUUGCUGGUUGGUGCUUUAAAAUUCAUCUCAUCUCAGACGAGCUGCAGAGAACGAUGUGGCGCCGAGUACUACCGAGGCAACACGUGUCAGUGUGACUACACCUGCCUGUCCUAUGAUGAGUGCUGCAAUGAUUAUGAAGCUCAGUGCACCGAAAAAAACUCCUGCAAGGGCCGUUGUGGAGAAACCUUCAAGAGAGGCCGGCAAUGCAACUGUGACCCCGAAUGCUCAAAGUUCAACCAGUGCUGCCCAGACUACAAGAACCACUGUGAUGUGGAUGUAAUUACUGCAGAAAACAGUGGAGGAGCAACAGGACCAAUGACGAGUAUCUCAUGUAAUAAUGUACAUGAUAACAAUCCCAAAGAUUCAACUGUGACAGAGGAUCCUGAAUUGGGUGAAGGAAACAAUGCAGAUGACAGCUCAUUUACUCCAGACAGUUCAACACCAUACCCACCCACAGAUGUUGGCGAUGGCGAUGAUAUAUUUGCCGAGAUUUUUCCGGGUGACGACCUGUCCACCAAUGGAGAUGUGCAACCGGAGGCGUCUCCAAGCCCAGAGGUCAGCAGUGGUGAUGGACCGACUCCAGUUGAGCCCUCGGAUGAAAUCCCGACAGAACCGACUCUGGUUAGAGACGAUCCACAGUUCAGUACAGAGCCGACGCCUGUGGAUGACAUUCUUACUUCGGCAGCAAUUACAACUGCAAGCACAGACCAACAAGCAGAUCCAACAAGCGACCCCAAUCAAGCAACGACUCCUCUGGUUCCCUCUGAACCGCCAACUGAACCGAACUACGGCGUCCUUGACCCUUCAUCAACCUCAGAGCCACAAACUGAACCUACAGCUUCGUCUGGAGCUACAGAGACUGAAACGGAGAUUUCCCCCUCAGACACACCAGAGGUCAGCCCCACCAACGUAAAGGACUUAAUGGAAGAGCUGGAAAACUCUCAGCUCACCACAACUCCGAGCUCGUCAACGUCGGCUUCAGUGACUGAGGAAACCACUUCAGGCCCAAACACGGAGAGCAGUCCAGAAAGCAUCACAACCAGCUCUCCUGAUGUUCUGCAAGACGUUUCAGACUCCACUCUCAGCCCAGCUACAGACGAGUUCCUCUCAUCCACAGCGGCAGGCCCGGACAACGCCAGUGACGGUGUUAAUCCAGACGAAACAACUGCUGAUCCUCCCACAUCUGAACCCGACUCCAAACCGGACCCGUCCAUAUCAUCACCCACCUCUAAACCUGAGACCAAACCUCUGGACCCACAAACCCAGAUUACAGACAACCUGAACGAUUACCAAGGAGAUGACAGUGAUGACACAAACCUGUGCAGCGGACGCCCGGUCAGUGGGAUCACCACACUGAGGAACGGCACAAUGGUGGUUUUCAGAGGCCAUUACUUCUGGGUUCUGGACAGAAACCUGGUGCCGAGUUCACCCAAAGGAAUCACAGCGGUGUGGGGCGUUCCCUCACCCAUCGACACUGUGUUCACUCGCUGCAACUGUCAGGGCAAAACCUACAUUUUCAAGGGAGGAAAAUACUGGAGGUUCGAAAAUGAUGCUCUGGACCCGGGUUUUCCGAAAGUGGUUAAAACGGGCUUCGACGGGCUGCAGGGCCACAUCACAGCUGCCCUGUCUGUGCCGCAGUACCUCAGCAGGAAAGAGUCUGUUUACUUCUUCAAGAGAGGGGAAACAGUUCAGAAAUAUUCAUACCAGUUUGGCACCAGUCCCAAAUGCGGAAGAACGGCCCACGUGCCUGUUUAUACCGUUCGCGCUCGACUGGUCCGUCAAGCAGUUUCUGUUUUGGAACCGCCAAUAAACAUCCGUAAAUCCUGGAAAGGCUUCCCCUCCACCAUCACAGCAGCCGUUUCCGUGCCAACCAACAGAAACCCAGAGGGGUACAAAUACAUCGUCUUCUCAAGAUCGACGGCGUACAACGUGAGGAUGCACGACGGUCGACCUGUUGUCGCCGCUCCGAGAGCAAAUGUGUCGUCGAAAACUGACAACUUCUUCAGAUGCCCGAAGAAAUCCUAACUGGAAAAAUAAAACAACAAACGGGCACAGGCUAAUUUCAAACAGUUUUAAUUUCUGAUUAAAACACAGCAUCAACAUGAAUUUAAAAAAAAAAAACAUUCAAAUAAACUAAAUCUAGCCAAGAAACAAGAACAUGGAAGAAUGCAGAUCUGAAAGUUGAAUGGCGUCGCCUCCAGUUAGGAGUUAGUUCUGAUUGGUGCUUCAUCUCAGAAAUCGUCUCCCAUGAAAGCCGCGGGGAGGGAAGCUUUGACCUGUGGAAGACAAAAUAUUUCAGAUACAAGUUCAACGAUGAUGUAGAUUCUGUACAGUUUCUAAGUAUUAGUCAAUGCAUAUAAUCUCCUGGCAGUUUUGGUUAAUGAGGCAACAUUUUAUUAAAUACAUUGUUUGUGCAUAAAUAACAAGAGUGUGAACAUACUGAUUUUUUUUAAAGGAAGGCAAUAAAGACUAAAUGUCGUGAAAAC